CAUGCUCUACUGCAGAUCGUACUGAUAACAAUAUUUAGUAUGAGUUUUUGGUUGAUGAGGAUCCUCCGCGCGUAGUUGCCGUGGGACGACAGAUUGCAGGAGGCCAGACCAUUCAUGGUGCUCUUGCCCACUCACGCGCGGGUAAUGAUUAAUGAUCCAAGAGACCCCCAAGCUCGAGUGCCAUUGCCUACAUCUGAAAUCCAAUUCGUGGGGGAGGCCUUAGGCACAUUUAUUGCUUGGCCUAAGGCUAUGAUCAUGCCAUAUUUUGGCCCACCAACGGUUUACCGUCCUGAGAAACAACCAAGUGCUCAACCUGUGAACGAGACUCGUGAGGAAGCAGAAGACCAUGAUGUUAUAUCCAUAUUGACCUCCAAAUUAAAUAAGUUGAGAAAAGGACCGAUCAUUGGUGGAGAAAAAAAUGCUCAACAUUUCAUUGCAUACAACUAUGGUGCAUGUACAUGGACACCAUCGCAGUUGAAUCAGGUCGAGCGCCAGUUUAUGGCUUUCUUGAACCUCAGACCAUUCAACCAUCUGGAAACACAUUACAUUUCAGAAAAUCAUAUAUUUAAACAUGGAUGA